AUGGAGAACCACGACCAUGGUGCUUUACUACUAACCCAAACAAGCGGUGGGAAUACUGCAAUGUUCCACGCUGCAGUGAGUGCUGAAGUUUUAAUGCCUUUAUAUUUAUUGCCUCUAAUCCUCCUCCAUCACCACCGGGAUUGCAGUGUUUGUCUGGGGAUGGUGAGUCAUAUCGAGGAAAUAUCGCUGUCACAGCAUCAGGAAAGACUUGUCAGGCUUGGAGCACCCAGGAACCCCACGCCCAUUCCAGAACCCCAGAGAACUACCCCUGCAAGGGACUGGAAAAGAAUUACUGCAGAAAUCCAGAUGAUGACAAAAGCCCAUGGUGUUAUACUACAGAUCCUAGUCUACGAUGGGAGUAUUGUAACCUGA